CGAGCGCCCUCUCCUGCUGCCCUAAGCAGUUCGAAGAUGACGAUGACGACUUUGCUUCCCAAAGACCUCAUCUGAGGUUUUCAUUUAUAAUUUCUGCUGUGUUUUACAGAUAUGAAUACCAUAUUUUGCGACAGGAUAAUUGGAAUAUAACCUUGCAAUUUGAAGAUUCUAUUUAUUCAUCUCUAAACCUUAGAACUUUGUUUCUGUGCGAUCAAUCCAGCACAUCAGCAGCCGGGCUAUCUGCAUCUAAGUUCAGCGGGCAUUCGGCGAUUGUGGAUCGGGUGCCUGUCCGUGUGUGUGUCAUCUCGCAGCCGAUGAGUAAUCGGGGAACCGGAACGUAGCUGCAGAGCCAGAAAUUCUUUCGCACCAAGACAAGUGACAGCAGGUUGACAACCGAUAAAAUUAUGGCGCUGGCAAAUAGAGAUGCUGCUGAAUCAGGGAGGGGCCGUCUUUCUCUGAAGUUAAAGAUACAUACUAGUACACCAAACCUUGUAGAGAACCAAACAGAAUUUAACAAUGGACCCAGUCAGGAGAGGGAACAGUUAAACUCAAUGAGAUCAAGAAGCAUGGAAUCAAUUGGAAAGUUAAGCAUAUCUCCUGAUGAGACGUAUGAGUUCACAUCAGAAGACUUGGAUGACAUGGGAGAGAUUGGAAGGGGUGCUUUUGGUUCAGUGAACAAGAUGUGGCAUAAACAGAGUCAAAGUAUUAUGGCUGUCAAGAGGAUACGUUCAACAGUAGAUGAGAAGGACCAGAAACAGCUCCUCAUGGAUCUUGAUGUUGUAAAGAGAAGUGCUAAUUGUGUCUACAUCAUUAAAUUCUUUGGUGCUCUCUUCAAGGAGGGAGAUUGCUGGAUUUGCAUGGAGCUUAUGGAUUCUUCUCUUGAUAAAUUCUACAAGUUUGUGCAUGAAGUCCAAAACACAUUUAUACCAGAAAACAUCAUGGGAAAGGUUGCGUAUGCGACUGUGAAAGCUCUAAAUUACCUCAAGGAAACCCUUAAAAUCAUUCACAGAGAUGUGAAACCAUCAAAUAUCCUCUUAGACAGAGGAGGCAACAUUAAAUUGUGUGACUUCGGAAUCAGCGGUCAGCUGGUCGACUCAAUAGCAAGAACGAUGGAUGCUGGCUGUAAACCAUACAUGGCUCCUGAGAGGAUAGAUCCCUUCCAAUCAAGACCGGGUUAUGAUAUCAGAUCAGAUGUAUGGAGUCUAGGAAUCACAAUGUAUGAGGUAUCAACAGGGGAAUUCCCCUAUCCUAAAUGGAACAGUGUUUUUGAGCAGCUCUCUCAGGUUGUCAAAGGUGACCCACCAAGGUUGAAAAACAGUGACAAGCACUGCUACUCGGAAGACUUUAUUUCCUUUGUCAAUAAAUGUCUCACAAAGGAUGAGAAGUACAGGCCAAAGUACAAGAAUUUAUUAGAGUACAAAUUCAUCAAAGAAUAUGAGCACGCCAACAUCGACAUCGCAACCUAUGUCUCAGAGAUCCUCCUUGCGAUGAGUGGACAGAGUUGAGCCAUGCUGUUGAUUUAAUAGACUUUCACUGUAUAUCAGGAGAAAACUCAAAACAGCCAAACAUCAUGCUCUUUGAUAGUGCUAUUCUUCAUGUGUUUCACCACAGGACUCUCUAUGCGUGGGACUGUUUUGAAAGGAGUCUUCUGAUCUUGGGAGCGUUCACAUAGCAUUUAAAUGGGACUUGUAAUGGGACUGCUUCACAGUUCAGUGCUGAUGAGAACAAAGGGCUCUGUGAGAACAUUGCUAUUGUUCUUUUUGUGCUUUUUUUAUUGUGUUUGGGAUAUUACAUCCAAAGUUUCAUUUAUUUCCCUCCCUAAAAAUCAAAACAUUUUUGGUGGUUUGCUGUAUAAAGUGAACAUAGCCUCGUGUUGCCAGUGACAAGGGUUACAGUAUUAAGCCUUUUGGUCCUGUUCUUUAACUCCCACUAUCAUCCAGAUUAAAUGUAAUUUUGCCAAAAGGAGUUUGUAUAAGCAAGAACUUGAUCUGUAAACUGCCAAUAAAAUGGGUGCCCAGUUGGAUGCAAAGCCAAUGUUAUAUGCUGAAUAAUUUGAGCUUGGUUGCUCUUGCUGGAAUGCUCCCCCAGGGAGUAGAGAAAGUGUGGACAAUGCAUUUGGUUAAGCCAGGAUCUGAUGACCAGGAAAUGAUGUAUCUGUUACCAAAUAGCAUAAAUCAUCCCGAUACAUUGAAAACC